UCUGUACAUAUUCAUCUUCUUUAUAUGGCUUGAGCAAAGAUCAAAUUAGCCAAAAUGCCUUCCUGCAAAUCGUGUCAAGAAUUUGACAUUCGGUCUUUGCUGUUAGAGUCAGCUGGUCAAGAUGCUUAACCAACAGGACUCACUGGCCGACUCUACUCCGACACCAAUGACUACAGACCGCCCAUCCCAUUCUUCCACACAUUAUAUGACAGUAUCGUCGAGCUGAAGAGAUCAGGAGAGCAGGGAUGUGAAACGUGUGCUUUGCUUUGGGUUACGUGGGUCAAGACCGUGCACAAGCCGGAUAUGACUGAAGACUGGCUUGAAAAGACAUUCCAAGGAGAGGUGUACUUGGGAUGUAGCGGAUGGAUUGUAUCUAGGCAAGGCUCACCAUAUUUAACCCUGGCACAGAAGACCGUCAAUGGAACAGCUCGUACACUGGCAUCUUUUGAGCCCUUUGCGGAUCGAGGUAUGUUUUGCUCCCCAUGUGGUCGACACGAAGUUGACAUGCCCCGGAUGAAUUACCUAGCGACGGACUGAAUCUCUUGGGGCGAUCAAUUUAUAAGGAUCCGGCCUCAAAGGGAUGCUUAGCUGUCGCCGCAGCCUGGCUUGCGGACUGCCUGGAUGAGCACGAGAAGUGCAGCACGCUGGCAGACACUCAGAAACCGCUUCCGACCAGAGUAAUCGACGUUGGAGAUGAAAUCACCCCACCUAAGCUGAUUGAUACAGGGGGGAGGCUUGGGACAUGGAUUGCACUGAGCUAUUGCUGGGGUGGAGACUCUGUUUUCAUUCACAAUGAUUCCACUGUUGCGGAUCUCAAGGCAGGUAUUCCUUUGCAGAACUAUCCUAAGACAAUGCGAGAUGCCGUUAUCACCACUCGCGCCCUCGGGGUGAGAUACAUUUGGAUAGAUGCUUUAUGCAUCAAGCAAGAUUCUCGAGAAGACUGGGCAGCAGAAGCUGCGAAAAUGCGAGAAGUGUACAGCGGAGCCAUUGUUACAAUCUCUGCUGCAAACUCGCCUUCGACUCACAGUGGUAUAUUCUCGACACGAAAACUUGGUAUUUCCAGAGUUGGAUCCAUUUGGAAAUCCGAGGAAAAAUCCGGGAAUGUGUAUCUUAGAUCAGGAUCAGAGCUCUGGGAUCAUUCUUUGCAGACUAGCGCACUUCAGACACGAGGUUGGACGCUCCAGGAAGGCUUACUGGCUCCACGAACACUGUCUUUUGGACAACAACAAAUGAUGUGGGAAUACCUUGAGCACCAAGCAGAUGAAGGAGGAAGGAUCACGCAGCCCACGCAGGAGUAUAGGUCCAAGGCGUUCAUCCAGCAAAUGCUUCGGGUAGGGCGUCAGAAAAAUGCCAAUCCAGAGCCGACUUUCCUCGAGAGACUCCACAUUCGGACAUCCAGAACUGAAGAAUGGCGGAAGCCACUUGCGAUUGAGAGUCCAUAUGAUCGGUGGUGGGAAAUUGUAGAACAAUACAUGACACGGUUCCUUACCAAGGAUUUCGACGUACUGCCAGCGCUCUCAGGGCUCGCUCGAGCAUUUGAGCCAGUCUUGAAGGACCGAUAUCUUGCUGGCCACUGGAAGAAAGACCUUAUGCCCAGUCUGAUGUGGAGCAGAACCCCACGAUAUCCUGCUGACAAUUCUUCUCGAUUCGACCCAACAAUUCCCUCAGAAUAUCUUGCGACGUCAUGGAGCUGGGCUAGCAUCAUCGGAAAUUUGUCUGCCACGGCUACGACAUGGAAGACUCGAGAGGCCUUGGCAACUUCGGCCCUGAAAGUGGCUGAAAUAAUUGAUGUCCACACGGUCACUAAAGGAGACGAUCCUUUUAGCCAGGUUAUUGGCGGGCAAUUGAAGAUGCGUGGUCGGCUCUUCCCGAUCAAAGUCUUGGCCCCCGUUUGGUCACUUGACAACCAAUUCCCCGAAGAACCACCUGAUCUCCCAAACAUGUCUUCGUUUGAACGAAAAGUCUAUAACGAAGUAAGACUUGUCGAUGCACACAUCUAUGAGCGGUAUCAGAAUCACAAAUCGCACCUUGGUCAAAGCUAUGGAGCAUUUGAGAUCGUACAAUGGAAAGGAGCACCUGGCAGUGGGCUUCCCGGAUCUGACUUCUUGAUCUUGGAGUCGACUGGUAGUAGGGAGGACGAAUACAGACGUAUUGGGACUGUUAGUGUAAGGAAUAAUCCCACACCAGAUAAGCAAGAAAUGGCUCCGGACUCGUAUGAGGGAUUGAUACUGGAGAAUGAGGCACAUGAGGAGGUGGGAAAAUCGAAGGUCAAAAAGAGGACAAUCACUAUCGUGUAAAUCAAUCGAUAACCUGACAGAUGCGAAGCAAUAAUUCGCAUCAGAAUUCCACGUCUCUCCAGCUUUGAGCCAAAUAUAUGAAAUUGCUCUGGGCUGGAAAUGGUGAAAAUAAAGAUGGGCGAAGGCCCAAUGUACCGCUUAUGGGGAUAUGUUUUCAAGUACUGGCCAAAGCAUCUUGACAUAAUUCCCUCCAGCAAUUGUACCCCUCGAUCACGCAGGCAGCUCUACAAGUUUUCGCUCAUGGCACUCAUACUCCUCUGAACAUAGUGCGGAUUCGAGAUCCGGACAGCUCUCUCCAGCGGCCGAAAUGGGAUAGAUCAAUAGACAAAUCUCUCUGCCAUUUUACUGUGCUUGUUUUGUCAAUGCAUUCAAACUUGCUGAAAUCAUAAUAGAAGCAGGUCAUGCCAUGCCUCGAUUAUCGAGGAACUAUUACCCCAGAGAGUCAGUAUGUUUUUGCAUUACAAGCAGCUGUCCCACAUGGGCACGAGAAAAUCUUGCAAUUAUUGCUUAGCAAGGGUGCUAAUGUGCUAAGACUCUGCUUGUGACUGAGACUGGGCUGGCGCCAUCUAGCAACUUCAACAAUCACCUGGUGAACUGGCUACCCAGCGUAAACAAACAAGAGAGUGAGAUGAACCACACCAACAACAUGAGCGAGACAAAUAACCCAGACACCAACAAGCUCAAAGCCCCAGAACAGUUAUUGGGAAGAACAAACAAAGUGAUACAUGUUCGAGCGAGAAGUCCAGAAGUCCAAGACUGGAAGUCCAUCGCCUUGGCCUGCUUAAUCCAGCGUCAGACACGAAAAUCUUAGGCAAGCCCGUGACAAUCAAUAAUCACCUGCAACUACUAACAGCACACACAGCAAAAGAGUUCUAGCUGCACUUGGCAAAUCUGUCGACUCGAUAGCACAGAACUUGG